AUGUCUGGAAAUCUUACCGAAGAACAAAUCGCGGAAUUUAAGGAAGCUUUUGCGCUUUUCGACAAGGACAACAACGGCUCAAUCUCGUCGUCAGAAUUGGCCACAGUGAUGCGUUCGCUGGGUCUGUCGCCAAGCGAGGCCGAGGUGGCGGAUCUGAUGAAUGAGAUCGACGUCAAUGGCAACCACAAGAUUGAGUUCAGCGAAUUUUUGGCCUUGAUGUCGCGCCAAUUGAAGUCCAACGAUUCCGAGCAGGAGUUGCUGGAGGCGUUCAAAGUGUUUGACAAAAACGGCGACGGCCUGAUCUCUGCCGCAGAGCUGAAGCACGUGUUGACGUCGAUUGGGGAAAAGCUCACGGACGCAGAGGUGGACGAGAUGCUAAGAGAAGUGAGCGACGGCAGCGGAGAGAUCAAUAUCAAGCAGUUCGCUGCCUUGUUGUCGAAAUAG